AUGAAUAUGAAGACUGAAAUGUAUCAGCCACAGCAAGUGUUAUUUCUUUCAUCCAAAAAGGUUCAACUUUUAUUGGGUUAUUUUGUUUGCUCUAUAUCAAGAGCUAGUGAUUUCAAAAAGAAUGUUGGAGUGGUGCACAUUGCAGAAGCUCAUGAUUCUGAAAGACUAAUUCUGGACCUGGAGCCUGCUAAAAAAGGCUUACAAAAUCAAACACUGGAAGCCGAUCUAGUAUUAUGGACUGUUGGAUCUAAACCUUUACUUCCUUUAUUAGAAUCCUGUGACAAGCCCCAUGAGCUUCCUCUUAAUGCCAGGGGCCAAGCAGAAACAGAUGAUACUCUCCGUGUCAAGGGCCAUCCACGCAUAUUCUCAAUUGGUGAUGCUUCUUCACUGAGAGACUCCAAUGGGAGACUACUUCCAGCCACAGCACAGGUAGCUUUCCAGCAAGCAGAUUUUACUGGUUGGAAUCUUUGGGCUGCAAUCAAUGACCGACCUUUGAUGCCAUUUAGAUUCCAGAAUUUAGGUGAGAUGAUGACUCUUGGGAGAAAUGAUGCUGCUAUUUCACCAAGUUUCUUGGAGGGGCUAACCUUGGAAGGUCCUAUAGGUCAUACUGUGAGGAAAAUAGCAUACUUGGCGAGAUUUCCUACAGACGAGCACCGUUUGAAAGUGGGGAUCAGUUGGUUUGUGAAUGAGGUUACUUAUGUACAGGGAUAUUUUAGGCUUUUCACUAAAAUUGUUGACAGGCCUGAUGGUUUGGUUUAUGGGUCAAAACUCACAUAUUCCAUCUAA